AUGGAAGAGUCUGGAGACGCAGAGGCUGAGGACACUCGUCGCUUCUCGGCCAAUCGAAGCAAGCUUGCGUCAGGAAAACCAGACUAUGCUCUCAAGCUUACUCUCGUGGGACAUAAGAAAGCAAUCUCUUCCGUGAAGUUUAGUCCGAAUGGAGAAUGGCUAGCAAGUUCUUCUGCAGAUAAACUCAUUCUGAUUUGGGGAGCCUAUGACGGAAAACACGAGAAAACACUUUAUGGUCACAGCCAGGAAAUCUCCGAUGUCGCCUGGUCCUCAGACUCCUGUCAUCUAGUUUCUGCCUCCGAUGACAGGACUCUAAAGAUCUGGGAUGUGAAAUCUGGGAAGUGUUUGAAAACACUGAUGGGGCACCGUGAUUAUGUUUUUUGUUGUAACUUCAACCCACCAUCCAACCUCAUCAUUUCAGGGUCUUUCGAUGAAACCGUGAAAAUAUGGGAGGUGGCAUCAGGGAAGUGUCUGAAGACGUUGUCUGCUCAUUCUGACCCAGUUUCAGCUGUUGAGUUUAAUUGCAGUGGGUCCCUGAUAGUGUCAGGAAGUUAUGAUGGUGUCUGUAAAAUCUGGGAUGCUGCAUCCGGUCAGUGUUUGAAAACAUUUGUUGAUGAUGCUAACCCUCCUAUCUCCUUUGUAAAAUUUUCUCCAAAUGGUAAAUAUGUCCUUAUUGCUACUCUGGAUAAUACUCUUAAACUCUGGGAUUAUAGCAAAGGCAGAUACUUGAAGACAUACACAGGUCAUAAAAAUGAGAAAUACUGUGUAUUUGCUAGUUUUUCAGUUACUGGUGGGAAGUGGAUUGUGUCUGGUUCCGAAGAUAAUCUGGUUUACAUUUGGAACCUGCAAACUAAAGAGAUUGUACAGAAGUUGCAAGGUCAUACGGAUGUUGUCAUCUCAGCAGCUUGUCAUCCCACAGAAAAUAUCAUUGCAUCAGCAGCAUUAGAAAAUGACAAAACUAUUAAACUCUGGAUGAGUAACUACUGAAUUCUUCUUAU